UCAGCUAUGGGGAAUGAAAGUGAUGAGUUUCCAGUGAUAAAACAAGUGGAUUUAACAGUUCCAAAAACUGAUGAUCCCAACAUGCCAGUGUUUACAUUCAGAGUGUGGGUACUCGGCGUUGUUUCGUGUACGUUUUUAUCCGUGGUGAAUCAGUUCUUUUGGUACAGAACACAGCCACUGGCCAUAAGUUCGAUAUCGGCUAUGAUUGCUGUGGUGCCUAUUGGACACUUCAUGGCCAGAGUUUUGCCCGAAAAGGUCUACUUUGAAGGGACCAAGUGGGCGUUUACGAUGAAUUCAGGGCCUUUUAAUGUCAAAGAACAUGUUUUGAUUACGAUAUUUGCUAAUUCUGGUGCUGGGACUGUUUAUGCUACGCAUGUUCUGACUGCUGUUAAGCUUCUUUACAAGAGAAAGUUGGGAUUCUUCCCUGCUUUUGUUCUCAUGGUUACUACCCAGGUAUUGGGGUAUGGAUGGGCUGGGAUUUUUCGCAAGUUUCUGGUUGAGCCAGCUUCCAUGUGGUGGCCAGUUUCUCUGGUUAAGGUCUCGCUGUUCAGGGCUCUACAUGAGAAGGAAAAGAGGCCGAAAGGCGGGAUGACCCGAACUCAAUCCUUCCUCAUCUGCUUGAUCUGCGGUUUUGUUUACUAUCUAUUUCCAGGCUAUUUUUUCCAAUUACUAACAACAGUUUCCUGGGUAUGUUGGUUAGCUCCCAAGUCCGUUUUCAUCCAGCAGUUGGGCUCGGGCAGCCAGGCUCUUGGCAUAGGCUCCUUUGGAUUUGACUGGGCCACCAUUUGCGCGUACCUUGAUACUCCUUUAGCUAGUCCCUGGUUUGCUACUGUUAAUGUUGCUGUCGGCUUUAUCUUUGCAAUGUAUGUGAUGACUCCGCUAUCUUACUGGUGGGCUAAUGCUUACCAUGCCAAGAAAUUUCCAAUUUACUCAGAUGGCCUUUUUAAAAUAGACGGUUCAAAGUAUAAUAUAUCUUCAAUCAUAACUCCUGGCUUUCAACUUGAUAAAUCUGCAUAUGCUGAAGCUGGGCCUUUAUAUCUGAGUACCUUCUUUGCUAUGACUUAUGGUCUUGGAUUUGCCGCGCUUCCAGCAACCAUUGUCCACGUGCUCUUAUUCAACGGAAGUGAUCUGUGGAAGCAGACAAAGAUGGCUUUUAAGGAAAAUACAAAAGUAGAUAUUCACACAAGGCUCAUGAUGGCUUAUGAGCAAAUUCCAAUGUGGUGGUUUCAUGUCAUCCUUGUUGUAAACAUUGUAUUGAUUAUAUUUGUUUGCGAAUAUUACAAAUAUGAGCUCCAGCUGCGCUGGUGGGGGGUUUUGCUUGCUUGUGCCAUUGCCAUAACUUAUACACUUCCUAUUGGUAUCAUUUAUGCAACUACAAACCAGCAACCAGGUCUAAAUAUAAUCACAGAGUAUAUCAUCGGGUAUCUUUAUCCAGGCUACCCUGUUGCUAACAUGAGCUUCAAGGUUUAUGGAUACAUUAGCAUGGCCCAGGCUUUAACAUUUCUUAAUGACUUCAAGCUUGGUCAUUACAUGAAAAUUCCCCCCAAAGCAAUGUUUAAGGCUCAAGUGGCGGGGACAAUGAUAUCAGUAUUGGUAUACUUAGGGACGGCCUGGUGGAUGAUGGCAAACAUUCCCAAUCUUUGCGAUAGAUCUGUUCUGCCUCUUAAUAGCCAGUGGCGAUGUCCAGGGGAUACGGUGUUUUAUGAUGCCUCUGUCAUUUGGGGAUUGAUCGGGCCACAGAGAAUUUUUGGCAACCUCGGUCAUUACAGUAAAGUCAAUCUAUUUUUUGUUGCUGGAGCAAUAUGCCCUUUACUAGUCUGGCUAGCACACAAAGCAUUUCCAGAUCAACACUGGAUUCGCCUGGUAAACAUGCCAGUUAUACUCGGAGCCACAGCCUUAAUGCCUCCAGCCUCCUCAGCCAACUACAUAAGCUGGCUCGUGCUUGCAUUCUUAUCAGGAUUCGUGGUUUUCAGGUAUAGGCCAAAAUUGUGGGAGCGUUACAAUUAUAUACUUUCGGGUGGCCUUGAUGCUGGAACUGCAUUCGUGACCAUAUUGUUAUUCGCCUGCUUGCAAUUUAAAGAAAUCGGAGUUGACUGGUGGGGAAACAGGGGAGAGGGGUGUCCUCUGGCUCAUUGUCCUACUGCUAAAGGGAUUAUUGUUGAUGGUUGCCCUGUUUUUAACUAAAUUUGCAUGCAGCUUCUGACUUCUCAGUUCUGAGCACUUCUUGCAGUAAAAUCAUUGUUCCUUUUUUCUCUCUUGUGAUAUAUGUAAAUUGUUCCCUUGCAUUGUCAUAGCUUUCACUGCAAUUUCUGAAACGAUUUGGAUCUAUU